AUGAUGUUGACCUUAUUGAUUUCCGGUCCUAAACAACCCGGAAAUGAUAUAGACGUCUACUUGGAGCCUUUGAUUGAUGAUUUAAAAUCUUUGUGGGAUGGGAUUAGAGGAGUGUAUGAUGCACAUAAUGGAGAAUACUUUACACUCAGAGCUGCAUUAAUGUGGACAAUUAAUGAUUUCCCCGCCUAUGGAAACUUAUCUGGUUGUGUUGUUAAAGGAUAUAAAGCUUGUCCAAUAUGCGGCGAUGAUACACCUAGUCACAGGUUGAAAAAUGGCCACAAAAUUUGUUACAUUGGGCAUAGAAAAUGGUUACCAAUCAAUCAUCCAUAUAGGAGGCAACGUGCAGCUUUUAAUGGGAAACCUGAAUAUGGCACGCCUCCCGAGCCAUUAACCGGAGAAGAAGUGCUGCAUAUGGUUGAAGAUGGUGACAGAGUUUGUUGGAAGAAGAAAUCAAUAUUCUUUGAUCUCGAGUAUUGGAAAUACCUUCCUGUGAGGCAUGUCCUAGAUGUUAUGCACAUUGAGAAGAAUGUUUGCGAUAGUAUCAUUGGUACAUUGCUGGAGAUCCCUGGAAAAAAUAAAGAUGGGAUUGCUGCUCGAUUAGAUUUAUUGAACAUGGGGGUCAAAACUGAUUUGCAACCCGAGUAUGGAGAAAGACGUACUCGUUUGCCUCCCGGGCCUUGGAAUUUGCAAGAGCAGAGAAGAGAGAGGUUGCAAUCUUUCAGGACUGUUGAUGUUUCCAAGCUAGAUAAGUUGGAAGAAGAUGUAGUAGUUACUUUGUGUUUGCUUGAGAAGUACUUUCCCCCUUCAUUCUUUGAUAUCAUGGUUCAUCUAGUAGUACAUCUUGUCAGAGAAGUUCGUCUAUGUGGGCCAGUAUAUUUUAGAUGGAUGUAUCCGUUUGAAAGAUAUAUGAAAGUGCUAAAGGGGUAUGUUCAGAAUCGUACUCGUCCCGAAGGUUGCAUUGCUGAGCGGUAUAUAGCUGAAGAAGCUGUAGAGUUUUGUACCGAGCAUUUAUCUGAUGUUAGUACAGUUGGAGUGCCUUCAAGCCAAAAGAUGGGAGUUUCAAAGCCAUUAUCAGGUUGCACAGUGAGCGUAGUUGAUCGGGACCUGUUGAACCAAGCACAUCUAUAUGUCUUGGAGAAUACGGAGGAAGUCCUACCUUAUAUCGAGCAACAUAUGAUCCACAUCAAGACCGCUUAUCCAAAAUUUAGAAAGAGAACAAAGUGGCUGCAGGAUAAGCACAAUAGCACUUUCAUUCAAUGGCUACGCUUCAAGGUUCAAAGUGAACUUAAUGAGGAAGACAAUCAUGGCGUAUCAGAAAAUUUAAGGUGGCUAGCAGCUGGUCCAAACAUGGCAGUGCCAUUAUAUAGGAGCUAUCUUAUUAAAGGUAUUAAAUUCAACAUCAAGGCACAAGAUGAUGUGCGGACAACUCAAAAUAGUGGAGUUUAUUUACUUGCACAUACCAUGCAAGUUGCUAGUGCCAAGGAUAAAAACCCAAUUCUCUCAAAUAUGGGUUUCUAUGGUGUCAUUCAAGAAAUUUGGGACCUUGACUACCAAAAGUUUACAAUCCCAGUCUUUAGGUGUGAUUGGAUAGAUAGUACUUCUGGUCUUGUAGUGGACGAACUUGGAUUUACCCUUGUAGAUUUGAGUAAAAUUGGACAUAGGAAUGACCAAUUUGUUUUGGCUUCUCAAGUCAAACAAGUAUUUUUUGUUGACGACCCGAUGCAUCGUGGUUGGUCGGUAGUGUUAUCAAUGCCUAAUAGAGAAUAUAAUGAUGUUAUUGGUGAUGAUGUCUUAGGUGAUGUGAGAAUUGAGUGUGAGCCAUUUACUAGAGGGAUGCCAAAUGUUGACACAUUUGAUGAAGUGGUGGGUGAGUUAGGGAGUCAAAAUAUUCGAGAUGGGUGUGAAGAUAUAUGGAUUGAAUGA